CAUGAGAGAGUCGGUGCUGGUUCGCAAUCGUGCGAGCCAAUAGAGAUGCCAAGUGGGCGAGCCACGAUGGAGAAUCUGGGAUGGAUGAGAAAGACAACGACAGGUGGAUGAUGAUUCCGUGAUUUCCAGUCGGAAGAGAAAGAAGGAAAAAAUGGGUAAACAACCAACAAUUUAAGGAAAAAAAAAAAGAAAAGAAAUUGAAGAAACAAGAAUAUGCGAGCACUAUCGCCAUUAAUUGCGUAUGGUUGCCGCUCUUGUUCGCCCCUUCUAAAGCGAUUUCUAUCCUGUAACCAUCGUCGCCUACCUCUCUUCUACACUCUUUCUUCUUUUCCUCACAAUCACAAUCUCUCUCAUCUCCUUCUCACGGGUAACUCUCUCUUCUUCUGCAUGGAGGGCUAUUUGUUUCAAGGAGUAUGGAUAUUCUGUGUUCUGCUGCUUAUUUCUGAUGGGAGUCACUGCUCCCUCAUUUCUGAUAACGUGCAAGUUUGUACAUGUCCAAGGGCCUUGGACCUGCAAGCUCUGCCCAUAGUUACCCAGAAUAUCCAGCGACUGUGGAGUGGCAGUGGCAUUAACCAGAAUAAAGCAAUGGUUGAGAAUUUGCAGCAUUAUGGAGUAAUUAGUUCAAAGAAAGUUGCUGAAGUGAUGGAGACUGUAGAUAGAGCUUUGUUUGUGCCAGAUGGAACACCGCCUUAUGUUGAUAGCCCAAUGUCAAUUGGUUACAAUGCAACAAUUUCUGCUCCUCAUAUGCAUGCAACAUGUCUUCAGCUGCUGGAGAAGAAUUUGCAGCCUGGGAUGCAUGCUUUAGAUGUUGGCUCAGGAACUGGAUAUUUGACAGCCUGUUUUGCGGUGAUGGUGGGAAAAGAAGGCUGUGCUGUUGGUGUUGAACAUAUUCCUGAAUUAGUUGCUUCUUCAAUAAAAAAUAUUGAGAAGAGUGCAGCAGCUCCAUUGUUGGAACAAGGUUCCCUUUCCAUUCAUGUCGGAGAUGGAAGACUAGGGUGGCAAGAGCUUGCUCCUUAUGAUGCCAUACAUGUGGGGGCGGCAGCUCCAGAUAUUCCUCAGGCUCUCGUUGACCAAUUGAAGCCUGGAGGCAGAAUGGUAAUACCAGUGGGAAAUAUUUUCCAAGAUCUGAAGGUGGUAGACAAAAACUUGGAUGGCUCUAUCAGUAUUCACAAUGAAACAUCUGUGCGAUAUGUUCCUUUGACCAGCCGUGAUUCUCAAUUGCGCGGCUAUUGAGGUUAUGGAUAAAUCUCUCCACCAGCACUUGAAAGCCUAUGGUUGCGAAUAAAGACUGUAAACACCACAACCUCUUUGCAAAGAAUUUGUGGGAAUGUACAGAAUGAAAUAUGUGAAUUUAGUGUCAAUUAGGAGUGUUUUACUUUUUUCGAGUUCAUACUUUGCCUCUCUGUAAAUGAUCUAAAGAAUUGAGAAUAAAAUGAUCUGAUUGCCAUUUAGCCA